AACGAAGGAACCUGAUGGCAAUCACCUUGCAUAUCACGUCAGAGGGCGCGUCUCCCUAAACCUGGCAAGUACGAGUACAGCUCCUCCAGCACGCUACUAAAUUACAACAUAACCCCUCCCAACCCCGCCAUCCAACAACAACCACAAACACCCAUUCCUUCACACACACCUCCAACAAUUUCACAAUCCCAAAAUCCCCCAAAGUCCCUAACUAUCAACUCCCCAUCCCCCACCAAAAUGGCACUCGCCCCCAAAUUCGCCGCCCAGAAGUUCUCAGCUCUCUCCCAACCCCAAACACUACACACCCUCGAGCUAUUCCUCGACUACGUCUGUCCCUUCUCAGCAAAGAUGUUCAACACAGUCUACAGCGAGGUCUUCCCGUUGAUCCGAGAGAAGUACGCAGAUAAAGUGCAGGUGGUGUUUAGACAGCAGGUGCAGCCUUGGCAUCCUUCUAGUACUUUGGUGCAUGAGGCUGCUGUUGGGGUGGUGCAACUUGGGGGGAACUUUUGGGGGUUUAGUGAUGUGAGUUUUUUUGUUUUUGGUUGUUGGUUGGUGGGGUUGUUUUUUGGGGGGUUAGGGAAAGAGGGGAGGGAGGGGCUGAAGGGGAAGGAUGAGGGCUGAUGAGAUAUAGAUUCUGUUUAAGGAUGCGAAGAGUUAUUAUGAUGUUAAUGUUGUGAAUGAGACGAGGAAUCAGACGUAUGGCCGGUUGGCGAAGUUGGGUGCUAAGGCGGGAGUUGAUGAAGAUUCUCUCUUGAAAUUGCUACUUAUUAGUGAUAAACCUGGUGAGGAUGGAAGUCUUAACACCGGCAAUGGGGUUACGAAUAACUUGAAGGUUCGUCUUUCUUCUUCUUCCCAUUCCUGCUUUCUUCUUGGGGAUGUGAUGAGGGAUGGGGUAGAGGCGGGAAUAUUGGAUAAGGAAGAAAGGACAUGCUGAUGAGAUGAGAUGAUAGGUUCUGAUUAAGAUGAAUCGACUUGUUGGUGUUCAUGUCUCUCCAACGGUCAUUUUUGAUGGCGUUGUAGAGAAUAGUAUCAGUUCAAGCUUUACGGGAAAGCAGUGGGCUGAAUGGUUGGAGUCGAAUGUUGCCUGAAGGGUUGUUUGAAGGAAGCAAGGCUUUAUGAGGGUGGGUUUGGUAUGGUGAGGUAUGCGCUUGGAGGUUUUCAUAAUGGGUAUUUUAUAGCUGGAGUUGAGAAUACCUUGUGAUAAUACAAAAUUUUCUUCGAUGA